AACUGCUAUCGUCCAUAUCUAUCUGAUAACACAUGUGAGACAACACCUGUUGGAUGACCACGUCAAGUACAGAGAGAUGAUUAUCUUACUUUCAGUAAUUGUUACGCUGGUGCCUUUAUGCAGAGCGCAGGUAUGUGAAGAUGUGGAUGCAGCUAUCUGUCAAGAAAUAUUCGCCGUUGAUCCUAACUUUUGUUCCAGUGCUUGUUUCGCCUCGUCUGUCUGUCCCCGAACCUGUGGAAAAUGCCCAUUGAAGUGCUACGAUUGCCAUCAGGUGGAUAAUCCAAACCUGUGCAAAACAAUUACACAAUGUCCGAGUCGUGAUCAUUUUUGCAUCACGACACAAUCCUUUGACGAUGACUUCAAGGAUACCUACAAACUAGGAUGUGCCUUGAAUUCUAUAUGUGCAGAACAUUUACAAACAGUUAUCAAUCGCAGGGAUCAAAUUCUAACAGAGGUGAUCCAACUUAAAGGGUCAUGCUGUACAACGGAUCUAUGUAAUAUAAACACGUUGAAUAUAUCGACAACGCAACCAUCAUCACCAAUAAUAAAUACAAACAUGCCGACUUCAGCCGUUCCAUCUGUGACGUCAGGUCCUAGUACGACAUCUCCGACGCCAGCCGUUCCGUCCUUGACGUCAGGUCCUAGUAAAACAUCUUCAACGCCAGUCGUUCCGUCUGUGACGUCAGGUCCUAGUACGACAUCUCCGACUCCAGCCGUUCCAUCUGUGACGUCAGGUUAUAAUGUGACAUCUGGUACGAGCGGUACACAGUCGACAUCGGUUGUACCAGCAGUGACAUUUAUUCGCAAGCUGAGAUCCAGUGUCUGUAAGGACGUAACUACAGACAUUUGCACUCGUCUUGGAAAAAGUCUACCUAAUAUGUGUUCAAAUGACUGCAUUGCCAACGAGGUUUGUCCACGAACAUGUAGGAAAUGUAUCAGUUGCUACGAUUGCAGCCAUGUACCCAAUCCGGAAAACUGUACACAAAAAACCAUUUGUGAAAGAGGAGAGCAAUGCCUUUCAGUAGAGACACUUUCAGCAAGUUUUGAACAUGGCUAUAAACUUGGAUGCAUUGGGGAAAAAAUCUGCUCGACCUUUGGUCACGCUGCUCCAGGCACAUUCGGGAAGCGUCAAGGAUAUGAAUUGUUCGUUCGUGGUGGGUGUUGUAAUCAGGAGUUAUGUAACCAGCACGCAGUACAGCAGACUUCACCUAAACAAGCAACCUCAACAAUGUCCACGCUGUUGCCUUCUACUGCAUUACCGACCACAAUUACAAGCACAACGUCGACGUCCACUGGACCGACGGCUACCAGUAAACCCGCAUCGUCGACUCAAACUGCAAUACCAACUACCAGUCAAACCACAGCGACAACUUCAACUGCAUUACCGACUACUAGUAAAACAACAGCGACGACGUCAACUGCAUUGCCGACUACCAGUAAAACCACAUGGUCCACAAAACAACAGACAAAACAGACAGCUGCCGCCCUAGUGACCACUACACUGAUUCCAUGCAAGGAUUACGACUCAUCAGGAUACUGUAGUCAAUUUGUACCUAUUAUAUGUACCACGACGGAUCCCAUAUCUAAAAAGUUUGCCUUAUCUAACUGUGCCUUAAGCUGUAAUCUUUGCGACGAAUUCCAAGCUUUGGUAGCGUCUGGCGAAAUAACUAUUUCACCAUAGGAUGUUUGUUUAUCGAUUGAACAAUAUUUCACAAAAUAAAACCAGUACAAAUACCAUA